GGACUCGGCAGAAAUUAAUUGCAGGGUAGUCAGGCUGAGCAACAACUUAUCAGCUAUCAAGGAGACGCUGGUUACCCGCAAAGCAUACCAACUUUAGCCCCGACAGGACUAGCCAGAUCAAAUUAAAGGGAGUAUAAUAUUGUCGUCGGUUCGCACGCAAUGAUCAAUGCACCGGUCGCACAGGAGGAACUUGCCCAUCCUCGAGGCUGUGAUAAACAUCCGAAACCGGCUUACCGCCUUGAAGAGAGAUCGCGCAGAGUAUAUCAAGCCAUCCGAAGUCAAUGCCCUAUACCAAGCCGUCGUGAAGCAAGUCACCAAACUCAACGACGUGCGUGACGAUAACACCACCUACAACAAUCGUGUCGACACCACCCUUGCCGACGUGUUCAGUCUGUUAUCGCUCUGCUAUCUCACGCUCGGAAAGACAAAGGAAUGUCCCGCAGCGUAUUCACAGCUGGCAUCCAUGCGGCAAAUUCUCACGCAUAUGGAGGAAUCGGGGCUGUACAAUGAGUCUGAUGUCCUUCCCUUUCAACGUCGCUUGCAAGAACUGCGAUCUAUGGUCCAGCACGAUGCCGAGAGCGGGAAGCAUCCGGAAGCAAUGACGAAGUUGCUGGAGCGGCAACUUAAUGAGUUAGAUGCUAUCGUGCGGUCACUACAGGAAUCAUUGUCCGACAUCUCUGUCGAGCUCAUCCCCAUUCACCAACGCUUGAUCACUAUUCGACGUCAGCUGGUCGCCCUGGCUGUAAAAGAAGGAAGCCACAAGGCGGAGCUAAAACCUCUCGCUGAAGAGCUCCGAAAGAUUGAUUCGAAACGGGUAAAUGGGAAGUUCCUCGGUCCAGGCGGCAUAGUACCUGCGUCUCAGGCUAUUUGUUCAUCCCUCUUGGAAGAAUGCUUCGACAUCUUACAGCAAAUAAAGGCUCAAGAUGAAUCUAAGAAUGUCGCCAGCUCUCUGAAGCCGAUACACGACCGAUUGGAGGAACUCCGUGCUGAGUUGGAGAACCUCGUGCUCACACACCGAUGGAGCUUGAGGGAGACCGAUCUGUACAAUUAUUCUUUGAGUCUCCAGGAAAUCGAUAAAAUGCGGAUUGAUGGCAAAUUUGUGGACGCAGAUGGCAACCGGCCUCCAGGACAAUAUGUCCUCCUCUACCUACUCCGGCGGUGUUACGGCCUGAUAUACCGGCUACUCUCAUCGAGUGAGCCAGUGUCAGAAGAACUGAUCCCCAUAGCCAACAAGCUCUCUACAGUCAAGAAGUGCCUGAACGAAGUGUACAAGUAUGGGGGUCCAUUUAGUCCUCGAGAUCUUUACCCCUAUCAACUGGCGUUAUACCAGAUCGACUCCAUGAGGAAAGAUGGAAAGUUCGUGGGUGUCGAUGGAAGUGUUCCCGAAGGUCAGGGAAUCGUCAUGGCACACUUGAAUGAAUGUCAUGAGCUCUUGGAGAUGAAUUUAGUUGAAGGAAUCCAUGGACGAAGAGAAUAAUCAGUACUAUGAUGAUGACGACGACCGAGACCCAGAGUCAACCUGUGAAGACGACGUUGAAUAGUUGCGAAACCAUGCACCUUCCUUACGUCUGAUGUAAUUUGUAGACAGUUAGC